AUGCAAUGGACAGGCCGUCAUUUGGUAAUCGGCAUCGCUUCUGGCCUUGCCAUUGCUGUCGUCAUUGAUCAGCUCCGUCAGUUCUACCGCAGCUACACCUCACCCUACAAGUUUCAGCAGCCUCCUUACUCCCAACACAAGCCCGAUGAGGCCAUAUGUUCAAAAGGAGUGAACCAAAUAUCCCCCCCACCCAUCGGCGCCGGCAUAGAAUCGACGAUAGGCUCCACGCCUCUCAUUAUCAUUCCCUCGCUUUCAAGCUUUACGGGAUGCACCAUUCUCGCCAAAUGCGAACACCUCAAUGGUGCUGGUGGCUCACCCAAGGACCGGGUUGCAUUGUCAAUCCUCACGCGAGCAGAAAGUCAGGGUCUCCUCACGCCUCAUAGUGGAGACACCGUCUACGAGGGAACGGUUGGAUCAACAGGGAUAUCUCUGGCAACUCUGUGCCGAGCAAAGGGGUAUCUCGCGCACAUUUGCAUGCCCAACGACCAAUCUCAUGAGAAAUCCAACCUCUUGUUAAAGCUCGGUGCGGUGGUGGAAAGAGUCCCGCCCGCGCCAAUAGUGGACCAGCAGCAUUUCGUGAACCGCGCCCGCAAUCUCGCGCGAGAACAUACGGAAAACCCGGAGAAGAGGGGGAGAGGAUACUUUGCCAACCAGUUUGAAACAGAAGCAAAUUGGCGAGCUCAUUACGAAGGCACAGGUCCAGAGAUAUAUGCUCAAUGCCAGGGCAAUAUUGAUGCAUUUACCGCAGGCGCGGGAACGGGAGGAACGAUUUCGGGCGUAGCUACCUAUCUGAAGGAAAAGCUGCCGGAUGUUCAAGUUGUGCUUGCAGACCCUCAGGGUUCAGGUUUGUAUAAUAAAAUCAAACACGGCGUCAUGUUCCACUCGUUGGAGAAGGAGGGGACAAGAAGAAGAGAUCAAGUUGAUACGAUUGUGGAGGGAAUAGGUUUGACUCGCUCAACGCUGAAUUUCGAGCAGGGGAGAGAGUUGAUUGACGAUGCUGUCAAAGUGAAUGAUCAGCAGGCGAUGAAUAUGGCGAGGCUGUUGGUUGAGAGGGAUGGUAUCUUUGUGGGGAGUAGUAGCGCGGUUAAUUGUGUUGCUGCUUUGCAAACGGCACUCAAACUAGGUCCCGGUCAUACGGUCGUCACGAUUCUGUGCGACUCUGGUAUGCGCCAUCUCUCCAAGUUCUGGGCACGGAUAGGUGAGAUAGGAGGGGAAGCGCGCACAACCAUCGAGGAUAUCCUUGAAGGCAGAAAGUUGGAUUGA